AGUUCCCAGAAUGCAGCGCGAGCCCGCCCCCAGCGGGAGCUGUGGGGCAGAGGCGCUGCUGUGGUUGGUCGGUUCCGUGAGAAGCGAGCAGGGCCGGUGCUGGGGCUUCUUCUCCUGAACGGGCUGCAAGAGGCAAGGCUUAGCCAUGUCGUCCUUGAUCAGAAGGGUGAUCAGCACCGCGAAAGCCCCAGGGGCCAUUGGACCCUACAGUCAAGCUGUAUUAGUCGACAGGACCAUUUACAUUUCAGGACAGAUAGGCAUGGACCCUUCAAGUGGACAGCUUGUGUCAGGAGGGGUAGCAGAAGAAGCUAAACAAGCUCUUAAAAACAUGGGUGAAAUUCUGAAAGCUGCAGGCUGUGACUUCACUAACGUGGUGAAAACAACUGUUCUUCUGGCUGACAUAAAUGACUUCAAUACUGUCAAUGAAAUCUACAAACAGUAUUUCAAGAGUAAUUUUCCUGCUAGAGCUGCUUACCAAGUUGCUGCUUUGCCCAAAGGCAGCCGAAUUGAAAUUGAAGCAGUAGCUGUCCAAGGACCACUGACAACAGCAUCAUUAUAAGUGGGCCCAGUGCUGUGUAGUCUGGAAUUGUUAACAUUUUAAUUUUUACAAUUGAUGUAACAUCUUAACCUUUUAAUUUUCACAAUUGAUGACAGUGUGAGUUUGAUGAAAAUAUCUGAAGCUAUUAUGGAAAUACCAUAUAAUAGGGAGAAUUGAACAUGAAGAUUAAAGAAGGAAUCCAGUUACUGUUUUAAAUUACACCUGUGUACACCUGUAUUACUGAAUAUAGGAAAGAGAUGCCCAUUACAUAGUUACUCAAUAAAUAAAAGAGAAAUACCAGGUAGGAAAGAAGAGUUAUUAUUCUUGAGAAAUAAUCAAGAACACAUUUAAUUCAAACUAAUGAUGUGAACUAUUUAGUUUUGAUGUCAGUUAUGUGAUUGUGCUUUUACUUGAGUAAAAUUAAAGUGUUUAAAUUUGAGGUCAAGGAGAAGAUAGUGGAACAAAAUUUUAUAUAGAUAAUAUUUUUCUAAUGGAAAUAAAAUAGGCAGAUUUCC